AUGCGGGAGACCUACGGGCACCUGGGCGCGCUCGGCCCCAAACCUGCUUUUAUCUCCUGGGUGGAAGGAGAGGUGGAGGCGUGGAGCUCGGAGGCCCAGGACCCAGUGGGCGGGAGCCCAGCGGCCGUCAAAAGAGAGGCGGGAAAGGUGGAGUCUCACCCCCAAGGAGCCAUUUACUCAGCCAUUCAUGCUCUGCCCAGUCUGGAACCUGCCCAGGGCAGGACAGUCUGGAACCUGCUACUGAAUUCAAGUUUCAUCUUUUUCCCUGCCUCAGGAUCCAGGGAGGGUAGUGAGGAGAGAGAAGGGCCGAAGAAUUCAAAGCAAAAAGAGAUGGAGCACCAAGGAGUGUCUCUCAAGGAGUGGUUGUCGUCCUGCAUGCCACCUGACCCCAGUCACAAAGCUGGCUGUCCGGAGUUCUGCUGGAACCUUAGGUCAAGUGCCAUCAAACCUUGGCCCAAGGCCACUCCAGCCUGCAAACCACCCUACUCUUGCCCAGACUGUGGCCGAAACUUCAGCUACCCCUCCUUCUUGGCCAACCACAAGCGGGUCCACUCUGGAGAAAGACCCUUUCCCUGUGACCAGUGUCAGGCCCAUUUCUCCCAGCGCAAGUACCUGCUCCAGCAUCAGUUCAUCCACACAGGUGAAAAGCCCUACCCCUGCCCUGAUUGCGGGUGAUGCUUUUGCCAAGGGGGUUCCCUGGCCAUCCACAGGAGAUCUCACACUGGGGAGAAGCCCUAUGCAUGCCCAGACUGCAAGAGUCACUUUACUUACCCCUACCUGCUGGCCAUCCACCAACGCAAGCACACUGGAGAGAAGCCCUACAGCUGUCCCAGCUGCAGCCUCCAUUUUGCCUACCCCUCCCUGCUGGCUAUCCACAGGCGCACGCACACAGUUCCCACCUCACCCAGCACGUCCCUUAGCCCGGAGCUCCAGUUCAGGACUGAGCAAGCCGAGUCGAGGCUGCAGGAAAUCGGGUGUUUCCAAGACGCGGUCCAGACUGCAAACGCGUACCUGGUGUCCCCCCCGGCCGUGCCCCGGGUUGGCCAAGGAUGUGAGCGUCUUCCCGCAGCGGUGGGGGCCCGGGUCCCAGCUCUCGCUAUCGGGGACACAAUCCCAGGCCCCACAGACGACAAGGUCCUCGCGAUCGAGCGACCAGCCCCCGGGCCUUCAGGGCGGUCUUCCCCAAGCCCCGCCAGUCCCAGGCCGCGAGCGCCGCCCUUCCCGCUGGCGACCAAUCACCGGCCGCGGCGUAGAGCGGGCAAGCGAAGCCUGGGAAGCCCGGGCCCGUCCAUCUUUCUUGAAGGCAAGCGCGUUCCCCCGCGACCUGCCCUGCGUUCCCUCGCCCCCGCGCCCGCCCCACUCUAA